CAGCUACAGUUACUGUCUGUGAGGAAUCAUCUUUCGUUGAGGCAAGGAAAAGAACAACUUUGCACAAGUUUAACAGCUAAACAUCACUUCCAAGGAUCACAUUAAGUCAGGGAAGAAAAGACACCUUCAUUUCGUCACCUUGUUCAAGAGAAACUGAGGCAACAAGGUGAAAAUGUCACUGUCGGUGACUGAGUUGUUGUACGGCUCUUUCCUCGAUCUGCAGCUCCUCAAUCCUGCCUCUCUCAUGCUGGCAACAGCAACGGCUGUUACCUCCCUCAUAUACUUUAUGUGCCCUCGUUUGUUGGUGCAGAUGUAUUUCAGGGUGGCUGUAAUGUGGAGUGGAAUGCGCCUGAAAAGAGUAAUAGACAACAAAGGCUUCACUUUUUUCUAUGGUGAGAGAGGGCUCCCCAAGCCAGGUCAAACCAGCAUGCUUCUGCUUCAUGGUUUUUCAGCUGAUCACUUUAUGUGGGCAUCUAUUGUAAAGUAUUUGCCAUCUGAAAUCCAUGUCAUUGCCCUCGACUUACCUGGGCAUGGCUUCACUUCUGAUCCACUUGAAGGGGACGACAUUGGCUUCAAGGGACAGCUUCAGCGGAUAAAGCAGUUUCUAGAUCUUGUUGGAAUAGACAAGUGCCAUGUUACUGGUGUGUCAAUGGGGGGAACCCUAGCCGGCCUAUUUGCUGCUAGUUUCCAAGAUCGUGUCUCUGCUGUGACCAUGUGCUGUCCUAGCAUGAAAACACCGGAAGAUGGACAACUGAUUGCUUUGUAUCGAGCUGCUACGGCCAGGGGAAUAAGUUUGACCCUGGAUACUUGUCCCCUCUUGCCACAGACUGCAGCUGAUCUUCAAGCGAUGCUGCGAGUUGUAUGCUACUAUCAUUCUUUUUGUCCAUCCCAGCUUCCCAUUAACUUUCUCCUUCAUGUUGUUUCAGAUUCUGAAGGAGCUGUAGAACUAAGGAAAGAGCGAAACAACUUCUACCUGCAGUUGCUUCAUAAACUUCUUUUAGAGGAGAGUCGUUCAGCUCUGGAGAACCAGCUCGACAAAAUUAUCUGUCCUUCUCAGGUUGUGUGGGGAGUUGAGGAUGAAGUAGUACAUGUGUCUGGUGCUGAGGUGCUGCAGAAGAAACUUCCCAACCUACAUCAUGCCGAUCUUAUACCAUGCUGUGGACAUGCUAUCAACAUGGAUCAGCCUAGGCACUUUGCUAAAGUCGUAUCACAAUUCUGGAUGGAGCUGCAAAAUAAGCAAGACUGACAGCAUAAAUAUUUGAUAGAUUCAUUUGUUUUCUCACCAGCUCCUGCCAUGACCAAAGUGCCUUUCUCCAGAUUCUCAUUGCCUUUCUCAUCUGUCACAUUAACCCAGCCACUAAAGGAAAUUCAUAGACAUCAUGCCAAAGUGUUGUUUUGCUUUUGCACUAUUCCCCACAUUUACAUAUAUAUAUAUUUCUUGGUUUUAAAAGAUUCUACAGAAAUGUUAAAAUUGAGGUUGUGUAUUUUCUUUAUCAUCUGUAGUCUAUGGCUGCUGAAAUUUACAGCUCUGUUUGCAUGCUCAAGAGAUGUACAAAUAAUCAUUAAAACAAAAACACUUUCUGAUAAAUUUAUUUGGUGGCACAGCUUAAGGGAUUUCAAAAAAGGCAGGUCAAUUUCAUGUUUUCCUAUCAAUUGCCAUUUCUUGUGUGAAUGUGAAUGCAGUAGUGGGUAGCAUGGCUAUGUUCAUUGAGGUCAUUGAAACCUUCAGUAUUUUAUUGUCUGUACCCACUUGUGAAGACGGCAUGUUCAAUGCUAGCUGGAAUUAGAAUGGACACAUACUUAGCAAACACUGUUGUGCAUUUUCCUAAGAAGUAUUACUAAUUUUAUAUGGUAUGCAUUAUCUCAGAUUUGUGAAGAUGUUUUAAAUCCAGUAAAUUGCAAUACUUAAGACAGCAUUUUCUAACACUUGCUCAGGGGGAGUAAACUUUUGAGUUUGCAUGGGUAAAAUAGUAAAAGAUUGCUAUUUGAAAAAUUCAGUUCUUUAGAAUGUACAUGAAAAGGGAGGCAAUACAAAUAGUGAAACGGAUGACACAUUACACUAUACAUCAACUACUUUAGUUGUACAAAGGACCCAGCAUCUGUGUUGACUCCCCUGAGUAAGUUACGUGCACUUUUAUUGCAUGCUUAUUACCAUUUAUUUAUUUUUUUUUUAACUUCUUUUAUUAUUAUUUUGUCAAUAUAGUCUCUGACUUCAAGGGGCUGUAUAGCUCUUGAUAAGGAAUCGGCAUUCAUGAUGACGAUGAUCACUCUUAAACUGUUUGAUAUAGAAGUGACUGCUCUGGCCAUUCACAGUGUGUGUGCAUGCAAUGUUUUGUCUCACCAGAAGGCUUAAAUAAGCAGCUUUUGUUCUUGUACUACAUCGUUGUACGUCAUCCAUCUCCGUCCUAUCGUUUACAUUUUCACUGAGCCACAUCACACUUAAACACAAGCAACAACAUACUCUUUAGGUGAGAAUGAAAUUUUAUGUCAGCCAAAGAAUUUAAGAGCAUAUAAAUGAGUUGGUGAUGUUAAAAUUAUGUCUGAAGUUGCAACUGAUAAUCUUUUCAGUAUUUCUUUUUCUCAAUGUGGCCUCUUACCAGAUUGCCAUUAAUUUUUCACAUUUUUAUAUAAAAUAUGUAGAAUAAAACCACAAAUAUUACCAGUGAUAGAAACUAAUAACCAUUUGUGUUGCAAUAUUUUUCCAAAAUAUGCCUGUGAAUAUAAUGGGUAAUGACUGUAUAAACUUCUGUUGACUGAUUUUCUUCCAUGACUGUGCUCUUAUCUGUACUUUUCUUUAAAAAAAAAAAACCCACUAAAAUAUGACCAUAUUGAUAUUAACUUUGCAAAGUGAAUUAUUUGUUUGUUUCUGCUUGCAUUUGAUAUUUUUUUCAUUGAAAAUUGUUUACUAAUAAAAAUAGUUGUUCUAGUCAAGUAGUAUUUUUGGCAUUUGUUGAACUAAGUCAGUAAGAGGUGGAUUUUGGCUGUCCCUCCAGCCAUUUUGCAGUCAGUUUAUACAUUUGACCCUUAUUUUUAACGUGUAGCAGUUCACGCAAUAGCUACAACAGGCAGUAACCUGGCAUUGUCUUAACUUCAGUCAAUAAUCUGGAGAAACUGUUAUUUUUUUUUCUCUUUCAGGAUCUCAUGUCCUUGAAGUUUCUUUGAGAAACGAGAUUUUGUAGGAUGCAAGAAAUAUACAUGGUGGAUGUUUUGGUCAUGUCAACAGCAUGAAAGUAACUCAUUUGAAUGAGUUACUUGAUAUGGCAUGAAAUCACAUCGUUGAAUGUUGUCCGUGCACCAUUAUAUAUUUAUUCAGGUAACUUUCAAGAAGGAAACUGCUUUACUGGCAUGCUUUUUACUUCAACCCUUAGGAAGCCUCUGUGGUACAAUUUAUAGUGGGAGGAAUGGCAUGACAAGAGUUUGGAUCUCUAGUGGACAACCACACAGGUAUAUAUGGAGAUGUUCAGCUGCUGAAAAUUUUUUUAAACUUGGGUUUUUUUGUGGAGGUGGGGUUGGGGGAGAAUAGUCCUUGGUGCGGCUAAUGCUUAAAUUCAGGCCGGCGGAAUUGCAAGUAACUUUUGUAUUCCUUAUGGCCUUUGGAUCUUAGGUAAAGUUCUGUUUUAUAUUCCUUAUUUUGUGAGCGCAGCUAGUUAUGGUGAUUUGUUUAAAUCAUAAGUACGAUGUAAUAAUAUUUUUUGACUUCUUCAUUAUCAAGUGAAGGAUUCCAAUUGGAUCUGCAAAAUCAAUGCAUUAGCCUUUAUAUUCGUUUUCUGAUUUGUAAAUAUUGAUUGUCAGAUAUUUUUUGUUGGCUUUGUGUUAUGAUGCUUGACUUCAGGCGUGGUUGGACACCCACCCUAAGCAGCGAGAGGAAAAAUAAGAGGCAAUUGACAGGUUACAAUAAACCACACUUUGCACUGUUAACAAGUAUUGCAAGGAUAUGAUGCUGUUCUAUUCUGCUUGCCAGGCAUGACUGCAUGGGGUGUAGCCAAUCAGAAUGCUGGAAUGGAGGGGUAGGCUCCCUUUUACCUCCAAAUUACUACAAAGAAUUGGCAUUGUGCUGAGAGUUAAGACGUUUGAAUUGUUAUCAAUGUAGGAAAAUUACCCAUGUAUUGUUUAUGAAGAUCAAACUUAUACAGUGGCAACCACGUUUUUGUCGAUGUUGUUUGCAUAUUGCUUUCACCAUCUGCACAGUGUUCUUUUGACAUUACCUUGCAAGUCAGGAGUGGCCUUUGUUGCACAAGAGAAGUGUGGUACAAUGCUAUAUUGCAAACGUAAUGUUGCACAUGUAAUCCCUGAAAGCAUUGUGAAUUGCCCUCGAGAGGAAAGUGUCAUUGGGUUUAUAAUACUGAUAUCAAAUGUUGCCAUAAGAAAAGUGGCAGAGAAGCUGUGGUAAGAACAGUCUCUAGUCCUUCCUGUGAAAUAUACGUGGAAGGAGCAAUUAACAUAAACCCCUAAAAUCUGCAGGGCUACUUAACACAGCUGAUCCGUGUCGUUUGGUUGUGGCUUUCUUCAUUUAACCAAACCAGGUUGGAAGUGCAUGAAGUGGAUUUAUGAUAGGUGCGAAAGCUGUUCAAAAGUCUAUGUGGUUUUAGAACCUUGAAGCACAACCCCUUUAGAGGUUUCUAUAUUUAUUUGUGAUCAUUGAACAGCUAACACACAAAGACAAACCCAAACCCACUGAAGCUUGACAACCAUUUGUAAAGCCUGAAUCUAGUUUAACAUACAAUGCAUGCUGUUAUCAGUGCUACAAAUGCUUAAUGCUAAUUAAGAGCACCAUGAUUGUAUUAGGAUUUCUGCCUUACUGUUUGCUCUGGAAACCAAGUUUGAGACAUUUAAAUGCAGUUUCUUGUGAUUUAUUAGCACCGGCAUUAUCAUGUUAUCUCUUGAUUGGAUGUAGUGUUUUCAGUACUUAUGUCCAGUUUUUCUGUUUUUGUAAACAUCUUAUUUUCAUCGACUUGCUUGCUUAGAAGUUGGUGCACAGCAGUGUUGCAUGAAAAAAGUGCUGGUAAUAAAAACCUGAAUGACUUGUCAGAA